AUGAGCGGAAAAGAUUGGAUGGCUGCUGGUAUAAAUGCCGAACAUUUGAAAAUCUACAAUAUUGGCAACCCGAAGAAGGUCGGUGGCAAGCCGGUCGAUCCGAACGAUCGUUUGGCAGCUGUGAGAGCGGCUGAGAAGGCCCAGAAACUGAGGGAAACCCUGGCAAUGAGUGUAAGUUUUGACCAAAUUCAACAAAAAGUGUUCACUAUUUAUGUUUCAGAUUGAGAUCAAGUCAUUGACGAAAUACUUGCCAAUUCUGACCAUCUGGCAAAUCCUUCCGGACGGAACGCUGCGCGAGGUUCAAUGGUUUUCUGCCGCUGAAACCCAGUUCCUCACUUGCACUGGAUACAAGGUAAGCUUCAUACUUCUGAGUAUUUUCUUUAACUCUUCAUCUUUUCAGAACCCACUUGUCCGCACCAUGAAGUCAAACGACAAUAAGUACGUGCCUGGUCUUCCAUCCAAUCUGGACGCUCCCAGUCCUGUCGUCACCGCAGCUCCGUUCCAGAUGGAUGGCCAAGUGAUGGCUGCAUCCACUUCGGAUGUCGUCCGAUGGGAUCCCGAUAGUCCCACGAACAGUUCCGGCUACUCUUCCGAUCGCACCUCGUACUCUCCGGAAUUCGUUCCCGUCCCCUCAACUCAUCACUAUGUCCCCACUCCAGAUCCAUAUCACCCCAUUCCUUACCCUCCUGCUCAACCCGAUCUCUACUACUCUCAUGUUCCAUUCGAAUCUUUCCCCGAAGACCACAUGUUAUUCCACUAUUGA